AUGACUACUGUAAUAGACAUGAACGGUGAAAGUAAAAAGGAAUAUGACUAUCGGAUUAAAAUCAUCUUAUUAGGUGACGUGAACGUUGGUAAAUCGUCUUUUAUCCGGGUGUUGUCCGAACAGACAGACCUGGAACAGGGGUGCUGCUGUAAAGAUUAUCAACAGAACAGUUAUGCCGAGGUGGAAUGUAUACUUAAUGGAAAACGAAUCCUAGCUAAAAUUAUUGAUACUGGAGGUCAGGAAAAAUUCCGGAGUUUAACAGCGUCUUAUUACAGAGGUAUACAUGGUUGUUUUGUAUUGUUUAACAGAAAUAGAGAACAAACAUUUAAUAACAUUAUGAGUUGGUUGGAUGAGUUAAAUUCCUUCAACCACCAACAUUUAAUUUGUACAAUGAUAGUUGGUACUUCUGCUUCAUCUCAAGAACCUAAAAUCUCCACAGAAAAAGCAAUCAAACUCUCAGAACACAUUAAUGGGGAAUAUGCCGAAGUUUUUAUGCACAAACCAAACGAAGUUGUCAAAGCUUUACAUGGGAUGUUAGACUGUAUUGUAGCUGAAAUACCGAACACGAAUUCAUUGAGUGUCUCUAUUACACCAAAAACAAGGAAGCAAAAUAAAAAGAAAGUGUUUAUUGAAUGUGCCUGUUGA